ACAUUUUCUGGAAACUGAUACAUAAAUUGAAUGCUCGUUACUUUAAUUUUGUUUUUCUACAAUUCUACCUAGUACCUAGAUAUAAAAAAGUUUUUAAUUCAAUAAUGUUUUGAUUAGUCAAGCCUCGCUGGUUUAUUUUCUUAGAAACAUGUUUGUUCCUAAAAUUUAAAAUAAUUAUUUGCAAUGCAGUGUAAUUUAGUUGCUAAUUUAAGCAGUGUGAUCCGAUGGAAGAUGGCACGAGAGUGGAUGGGAAGAUGGGUUGGAUUUGGAGGAAAGGGGUCAGUGUGUGUAAGAAGGUUCUUGCAGCAUUUUUUGUACUGUUUUCUGCACCAUUUCUAGUUCCGGCACUCGUUGUUGCCUCCACAAUCGCGUUGAUCUCGUCCCUUCCUUAUUUUUUCUUCUUGGCAAGCUAUGUUUGUAUUGAAAAGUUGAUGAGAAAACUGCUUCCUUCUACGGCUUUUGGUGGAAGAUGUGAUCACAGAGUGAUGCUACUCUCUAACAAGAUCGGUCACGGUGAUGAAGGCAUAGCACGAGUGGCUAUAAGUGAGCCGAUUCUUGUUCAGAUUGAGGAAGAGAGGACUAUUGCAAUAGCUUAUAGGGAAGAUGAGGAUAUGAAAAAAGAUUUAAGGAGCUGGUUAGAGAGUAUUAGAGAUGAGGGUACAACUAAUCAAUCACUUAUUAAAGGACUCUCUAGAAAAAGUUUUGAAGAUGAUCAGGACAAAGAUCAGUCGAUAGUUCCUAGAGAUGCCAAGUCAGAGAAUGUUAGAGCACGACUUGAAGAUCUUUUAGGAACGAAGCAAGUUUCUAUGACUAGACAUGAAGGGGAACCUAAGCCCACUACAACUAAAGCAGCUAGAGGGAAGGAUAUGGAAAAUUCUUCAACUGCGGUGAAAACGUUGUAUAGCGAGGAACAAAUAUGGACGAAGAUCGAGGCAUUAAGGAAGGUAGUUGGCUAUAGUGCUGCGAGGAGCACGACAUAUUUAGAAGAAUUGAAGGCGCUUUACAUGUUCACGGGUGUGGAAAUGCCCACAUCGACGUUGGAGAAUCAAGACAUUGCAAAAGUUACUGAGGGGCUUUCCUUUCUAAUGACCGUUAUUGGAAUACAAUAGAGUGUUUGAUAGUAUUUUAUUGUAUAGCUUAACACACUCUUCUUUUGAACUGCACAAUCGUGAAUGAUCGUUUCUUUUGUGUG